AUGGACAUAGAGCUUAAAGUCCUAGAAUGGAUUUCUAAAUUGCGCGAUGCCCCUACUACCCCUACUAAAGGAAAGAACCGCAGAGAGGGCCCUAAUAAGAGGCCUAAUACUCCUGCAACCUUAGAGGACGAGGGUCUAGAAUCGCUAUUAGGUUCUGAUUCUAAUUCUAAUUCUAAGACACUUAUAGUACCUAAAAAGACUCUUAAGAAGAUGAAGGUCUUAAAGGCAAGCGUGUCUAAUCUCGAGGAUUCUAAUAUUAAUCCCCUUCUAAGCAUAAGAGCAUUAAAAAAGCGCGUACCCGGACCCGAUGCUACUAGAAGCGGUAGAAGAUCUACUAGAGGAAAGACGGUUCCUGUUAGUAGAGAAUCGACUAGAAAAAAGACCGUCCCUGCUAGCAAGCGAUUACUAAAGGUCCUACCUAAGAAGUAA